AUGAGAUUUUCCAGGUUGAUUGUGAUCCACUUUUGUUUGGCGGCAACCCAAGUGUCUGCCUUUCAGAGUAUUUCGGUAUCUUGCCGUCGGGCAUCCCUGAGCCUUCACCGUCAUGAUGGCUUGGCUUCUAUAGAAAUUGCAAGAACGGGGCCUUCGUUGCCCAUGGCUUCCACCUCAUCUGAUUCGACCGAUACAGCCAAUGGAUCUGUCUUUUCUUCGGAAGAGCUUCAGUUUCUGGAGAAUACCUUUGCAGACGCUGUCAAGGAUGCUCAAGCCUUGAAAUCUACCUUGCUGGAACAAUUGCCUACCAUGAACCCUGCCAUUAUUAUGAAAUUGAAGCAAUCUCUGGCAGAUCCCAAUGAAACCGUCCAGGCUGUUGCCAAUGCUUUGGGAAGUGUUCUAGAAGCACAACUGGAACAAGCCCGUGAUAUUCUCAAGUCUCUACUGGACGCGGGAGAAAUUCGCAAAAUGGACGCCCUGAUUGGCAAGGCGGCACGAGAUGGAAAAUUGGAUGCCGCCUUUUUCUCCGUCUUGCAAAUGAAUCUACAAAAUGCCGCCCAAGAGGCAGCCGCUGCCGCGGAAGAAGGAGAAGCCAGUCGCGUCCAAGUACUGCAACAUGUCUACACGAGAUGCCAAGAAGAAGUAGAAAAGAAUGUACCCCCGGGUAUUGCCUUACUCAACAAAUUGCUCCGUACCGAAAUCGAUUCCAUUCGCGCCAAUCAACUAAAACAUUAUCUGUGUCCUCAACCCAAUGUCAUUACCGCUCCGGAUGGAACCGAAAUUCAACUGGAAGGGGAACCACGCAUCCUGGUGCCACCGCCUCUGUUGGUCGAUGCCAUUGGCAAUGCCAUCAAACAAAUUCGGACCGUCGAAAAGGCGGGAGGAACCGAUCCAGCCUCGGCGGCCAACAUGGUCGAAUCGGUUCGACAAGUGGCCAAGGAAGCCCGCAUCAUUAUUGGAGAAAACUAUGGGAUCGAGUCGGAGGCACUCCAAGAAUUUGAAGAAGGCUUGCAACCCGUGUUUCGACCAGAUUCCCCCGAGAGUGUCUACAUCAAGGGGGAGUAA